GACGAAAGCAACCUGCAUACAGAAAAGAAGUACCAAAAGGAUGCCAAGAUCGGAGAGGGUACAUAUGCGGUUGUAUAUCAAGGUACACAGAUCGCGACAGGUCGCAAAGUCGCCAUUAAAAAGAUCAAAAUCGGACAAUUUAAGGAUGGUCUUGACUUGACGGCCAUUCGAGAAGUGAAGUUCCUGCAAGAGUUUAAACAUACAAAUAUCGUCGAGCUUGUCGAUGUUUUUUCGCACAAGACCAACUUGAACCUUGUCCUCGAGUAUCUUGACUCUGACUUAGAACAGAUUAUCAAGGAUAAGUCCAUUCUUUUUAUGCCGGCUGAUAUAAAGAGCUGGAUGAUGAUGAUGCUGCGUGGGCUUGACCAUUGUCAUCAAAGCUGGGUCCUGCAUAGGGAUAUGAAGCCAAACAAUUUGUUGCUUGCAAGAAAUGGACAACUCAAAAUUGCAGAUUUUGGUCUUGCUCGCGAUUGGGGUGAUCCGGGAAAGCAAAUGACUUCACAAGUAGUGACUAGAUGGUACCGAGCACCAGAGUUGUUGUUUGGCGCAAAGGAGUACUCGUAUGCCGUUGAUGUAUGGGCUGUUGGCUGUAUUUUUGCAGAACUCAUGUUGCGAACGCCCUAUGUUGCUGGAGAUUCUGAUAUGGAUCAGCUCACCAAGAUUUUCCAUGCACUGGGUACACCGAGUGAAGCUGACUGGCCCAACAUGACUACGCUGCCAGACUAUGUUCCUUUCCGAACGUAUCCAAAGGUGCCGCUCGGACAGUACUUUACCGCUGCUGGCAGCGAUGCUCUAGAUCUCUUGGAGAAGAUGUUAGUGUUCGAUCCGGCGAAACGUUGGACGUGUCGCGAGUGCCUCAAUCACAGCUAUUUUAGCAACGCUCCACUGCCCACAAAGCCAGAAAAGCUCCCACAAAGAGCACCGGAGCCGGAGAAG